AAUACACACGAGUUAAGUUAUCAUCUACAACACUUUAUCACUUUAGAUACUAAAAAGACAAACAAAAGUCUUGGCCUGCCGCUCAAAAUAAAAAAGGAGAAGCAUCAAUGGCUGCUGCUGUACUAAACACAGUGUCAUCAAUCAGAUUAUCAAAUGUUAAGACUAACCCACUUCGAGUUCCACGCCUUUUAGCUACCCCAUCUGUUUCUUUUGCUCGCCGGCAGCUUACGAUCAGAGCAACAGAAACAGAUGCAAAUGAAGUUAAACCUCAGGUACCAGAGAAGGCACCGGCGGGCAGUGGUUCGGGGUUUAACCAGAUACUUGGUAUUAAAGGGGCCAAGCAAGAAACAGAUAUCUGGAAAAUUCGAGUGCAGCUUAUGAAGCCUGUUACUUGGCCUCCACUGAUAUGGGGAGUGGUUUGUGGUGCUGCCGCUUCUGGAAAUUUUGAGUGGAAUGUAGAAAACGUUGCUAAAUCAAUUGUUUGCAUGAUGAUGUCUGGUCCCUUUUUAACUGGUUAUACACAGACGCUCAAUGAUUGGUAUGACAGAGAGAUUGAUGCUAUUAAUGAACCUUAUCGUCCGAUUCCUUCUGGGGUCAUAUCUGAGAAUGAGGUUAUUACUCAAAUAUGGGUACUGCUUUUGGGAGGACUUGGGUUAGCUGGUAUACUUGAUGUGUGGGCAGGGCAUAAAUUCCCUAUCAUGUUUUAUCUUGCUUUGGGAGGGUCUUUUAUAUCUUACAUCUAUUCUGCUCCCCCUUUAAAGCUGAAACAGAAUGGAUGGAUUGGAAAUUUCGCACUAGGAGCAAGUUAUAUCAGUUUACCAUGGUGGGCUGGCCAAGCAUUGUUUGGAACCCUUACACCCGACAUAAUUGUUCUCACACUGUUGUACAGCAUUGCUGGGCUGGGAAUUGCGAUUGUAAAUGACUUCAAAAGUGUUGAAGGAGAUAGAGCAAUGGGAUUGCAGUCACUCCCAGUAGCUUUUGGCUUUGAGACCGCUAAAUGGAUAUGUGUUGGUGCUAUCGAUGUGACGCAGUUGUCUGUUGCAGGUUAUCUUCUUGGAGCUGGUAAACCAUACUACGCAUUAGCACUUCUUGGUUUAAUUGCUCCACAAGUAUUUUUUCAGUUCAAAUACUUUCUUAAAGAUCCAGUUAAAUAUGAUGUCAAGUACCAGGCCAGUGCUCAACCAUUUCUUAUACUUGGUCUAUUGGUGACGGCAUUAGCAACUAGCCACUAAUCACAUGUAGCAGUUGCCAUACUGGAGAAGACAGGCAAGAGCGGCAGACUAAAAAGCAGCACAGGGAUCAAAAUUGACAGAGGUAACACAACCGUACCAGCUUUGCCAAGAAUGUUGUUGUUUGUAAGAUUGCGCCCAACACUUCACCCAUUUUGUUUGUUCCUGGGUCAUUUUUGGUUUUCUUUUUCCACUCAUCCCUUUACUAGCUUGAAUUUCUAUGGUUUAUUAGGCAAUGUUCUAGAUCCAAAAUUGUAUAUAACUUGAAUAAUGUGUGCUCACAUUCUCUGACCUUACUCAGCGUUUUGUACUUGUUUCCAUCA